CUACAAGCGCAUUUAAAUGCAGCGCUUUGAAAUGUAUCGUCAGAUAAUCUCUCAAAACUACUAUUACUUUAAUGCAGAAAAGUUUCGUGUUGUAUAUCAAAACCAUCAAGAUUAUAAAUUAUUAAAAUGCUGAAAACAAAAUUUUUUUCUUAUUUGACUUUAAUUAAUAUAGAAUAAUAAAGAAUAUGUUCAAUAUAAAUUCUGCCUUAAAGGGUGUAUUAAACUGUCAUCAUUAAACAUUCGUUAAUUAAAUCACCCUUUUCACUUGCAGACAAUCCUUUAAGCUGAAGAAGUUCAGGCUGAUUUACAGAUAGACGUAAAAGCGAGGAGAAGAAUUCAUGCUUGGAAUAAAUAGUUUGACCUGGAUCAUUCUGACCAUAAAAUGUAUCUAAAAUCCGUUACUAAAUGGAUGUUGGAAUGUGGUGAAAUCUAUAUUGAUUAAAAAAUGAUGUGGCAAAUUAAUAUUAGAAGCCCUCUCUAAUUGAGUAAAUGCUUCCAAUUGCAAACGUUGAUGGACCUAGAAAUUUGACUUUUUAAAAAAAUGGCUAGAAGGGUCAACAAUUGGGAAACAGUUUAUGCGAAAUUGAACAUGAAGAGAAAUUAAUCCUGGUCUGCUGAACAAGAUUUAUUCCAUAUGUUGCAGAAGAUGUUGAUUCAAACACGAUGGGCUGAAACAUCUUUUAAUUAUGUCUUCUGAGAGUUUGCCUGGACAUUCCACUGAGAACAGAAGUAUUCCUGAUACUGACAAAAGGCCGCAAUCAUUUUUCUCAUCCGUCUUCAGCUCUCACAACACUUUUAAUCAUAAAAAAUUAUUUACCACAGCAAAUGAUGACAAGCAGUGGAAAAGUGAAAAAUGUCAAAACUUUCUGAGCUCAGUUAUUGGCUCAAACCAAGGCCUUUUAUCCGACUUGUCCUCCAAAAUAGAAGCUGCACUGAGCUUGAAUUUGGACGACUCGGACACCUCUUCCAAAAGUGAUAAUUCGUGCAAGCAUUCAACUGUAGAUAAUGUUUCUAACAGUAGCUCACAAACAGAUGUACAACGUGUCAGCUUCACAAAAACAGAGCGUGUUUCCCGACACAGAUACACUAAAAGAAAAGGACACAAAGACCGUUCUGUGUAUGGACAGCCUGAAGUAAACUCUUUUGAUUUAAAGCAAAAAUCUUGGAAGGAUUACUCUCAAGAAUCUUUGGACACCGUCGACAGUGGGCAGAGUCUCGGUAAUUGCAGCAACUCGUCCGCUAAUGCGGAUUACAAAUCGUCUAGGAACGAUCCCCUGUACGUAUUCCGCCGCCCGGAGUCGAUUGGCAUCGGUAGCGAAUCCGAUCCCUGUGAACAGAGUACUGACUCUUCGGAUGCAGAGUCUUUAACAGAAAAUUUUGGAAAAUCUGCAUCUGGAACUUCUCUUCAAUCAUGGGCAUCCAGCAAUGACAGCCAAACAGAUGAUCUGACACUGGAGUUUAUGAAAAUGUUUGUGAGAAAAAUUUUCUCUAACGGUUCUUCCAUUACCUUUGAAGAAAAAGCAAAGUUUGGAGAGUUAUGUCAGUGUGAAAUCGGUAGGCUCUGGUUUUCACGCUGUGUAAAUAGUCAAAGAGUCCACAACAAAUUAGUAAAAGAAUCAACAUUUUUUAGCUUGGUUCAGUAUUUUGCUAUAGUUUUGUUUGAAUGUUCAGAAGCUGAUGACUUUUCACCUGCAAAAUCAUUGAUGAAUAUGUGUUUCACAUUUUAUUAUGAAAGAUGUCGAGAUGGAAGACCACCUUCUCGAGAGUAUCUAUUUAAUUAUCUGAGGGAUCAGCCUAUUUGGAGAUCCGUUCGAUUCUGGAAUGCAGCCUUUUUUGAUGCUGUUCAAUGUGAGAGAGCCAAUCGACGCAUUCCCACGAGAGGUGAUCUCAAGCAAUAUAGCAAUGAAGAUCUUAUAGAUGAAAAAAAUUUUCAACGGAAUAUUGUCUUUGGUCAACUUGGAACGUUUACAUACAACAUGUACGCAUUUGGCUUAAGCAAAGAGUUUUCUUUGGAGUUCUUACAGAAGCAGUGUGCAAUAGCGAGUUUAUCUAAGGAACAUAUAGACCUCCUGAGAGAAAAUAUUGAUCGCAUGUACAGUGGCGAUGCAAAUAAAGAAUCUUAACCCUGUAUUUCUAUUGAACUCGCGUUGCACUAGUUUUUUUUAUUAUUUUAAUCCAGAGUUCCAGAGAGAGAGAGGAAUACUCAUUAGAACAUAUCUAAACGUGUUUUUCUCAAGUUAUUUUAUGUGAAUAUACCAAGAUUAAACAUAAUUAAUUUUCAUUAUCCUAAAAUAUUUUUUUGACUUAUUUAGGCAUGUACAGUAUGCAGAAUGAAAAAACUUAGACGUUAAUAGGUUUUGAUCUAAUGAUUGGAUUUU